AUCCGAUGAUGUUAUAAUUGGGUUAAACUGUAUUAAUAUUAUUAAUAAAGGACCCUGCAGAAACCUGGUACGAAUGUGUCCUGGUAGAUUUGACUGAAUCUUUGAUAUUUUGUAGUUAUAAUGAAAAUGCCAAAGGCAGGAAAUCAAAAGAAGGUUUUUGAGUUAUCAAUCAUCUAAGAUGCAAAAACUGCAUAAUUCAUGCACAUGUUGUGAGGCCAUAAAUCUUUUUUGUUUCAAAAUAUAAAAUCAACCAUUAUUAAGUCUCAGAGGAAUGUCUUGAGAGAAGGACACCCAAGCUUCACUUACAGGAGCAUUUUGAAUCCAUUAGUGGGAUCUGAAUCAAAACAGUGUGAGAAUCAAACCCACUUGUAUUACAUGAUGAAUGAUUUUCCCACAAGGAAAUCCACAUAGUGCUGAACAUCAAUAACUUUUGAAAACGUUUUAUACUUUGAUAAAAAAAAAAAAAAAAAAAAAUUUAAGGCCUCAGCAUAUGCAAAAAUUAUUCCGUUUUUGUAUCUUGGAUGCUUGAUAACUCAAAAGUUGCCCAUUUUUUGAUUUUGUGCCUAUAAAGACUUUUGAUUGCGACCACUAGAACUACAAAAUAUUAAAAUUUCAGUCAAAUCUACAGUACUCAUUUUUCAGGUUUGUGUCAGUCCUUUUGUUCCUUAUUUUCUUUUUACAUGAUAAUUUGUUUCAUCAUCUUUAAUAUAACUUUCAUAAUUUAAUUAGAUUUGCAUCAGCCUACAGAGAUGGUUCUCAAUAUUUUGUCCUCUUGAUUAUCACUGAUGGAAUAAUAUCCGACAUGUCGCUUACCAAAGAAGCAAUCGUGCAUGCGGCAACACUUCCCAUGUCAAUAAUAAUUGUGGGAGUUGGCAAUGCAGAUUUUUCUGCCAUGGAAGAACUUGAUGGAGAUGUCGUCAGGCUCAGUAGUAGGGGCAAAUUUGCUGAAAGAGAUAUCGUACAGUUUGUGCCAUUUAGAGAAUUUGUAUCUGGAGAAAAUUGGAGUAAAAGUCAAGUAUUGCUGGCGAAGGAAGUGCUGGCUGAAUUGCCUGAUCAAUUUUUAGAAUAUAUGAAAAAGCACAACAUCAAACCAAAACCCAAGCCCCAAGCUCCAGUUGCUAGUGCACCUUGUCUUACAUAAAAAUAUAUUUAUGAAGAUCAUUUUUCAUUUAUAAGAGAAGAACAAAAAUUUGUUUCAUAAUUUUUUUUAUAUACACUUAAUAUACAUAUUUUUAAUUUUGAAUAAUUUUUUUCUACAUACUUUAGGAAGUAUUUUUAGGAAAACUUGGACAUAGUGCAUUGUGGCGGACAAGAACGGCUGCCAUUGUUAUAGUUUAUUGUUCCAUUACCACACCGUGCCAAAGGAUUCCACAUCCCAAAUUUGAUUUGCCCAUCAAAUAUACCAAAUUUUUUAACACAACAGUUAUAUGGAGACACAUACCAGUUUUAAAUGUUACUUGUUAUCUCUUGUUUCUCUACACUCAGAGAUAUGUGGAGUGUGUGGUGCUUACACGUUGUUAAUACAAAAACCAUGUUUGUUACAAUAUAUAAUUUAUUAUUUGAACAAUGUAAGCAUGUUUUGUAUGCAUUAGGUGUUAACCAUUUAAUGUACUCGGCAACAAUGUAGACGCCUCCAUUUUCAUUAAAGAAAACAGAAAAUGUGCAUGGAGUGACGAUGCCUUACUUCUAGAUGUCCUUACUGCCAUUAUACACAUCUAUAGUUUGUUUCGGAACAGAAGAAACAUUCGCUUUAUAUUCAAUUUCUAAAAAAAUACAGUUGGCUUCCCAUAAAAUGUAAUUGUUUUAUUAUUGUUGAUUAUUAGGAAAGUUCUAUUUGAAUGAAGUUUUAUAAAAGUUAAACAAUACAUUAAAAUUCCAGUUAUCUAGAUUUCCCUCGGACUUUGUUAAAAAUAAAUUAUAUUCAUUCACAGGUACAUUUUUGAUAAUUAUGUACGUGCAUAUAUAUUGGAGAUUUUGAUAGAAAAAAUAGAUAUUUGCUUAAACUAGUUAUCUGGAUAAUUGGAGUUUUUAAUGUGUUUUUAUGUAAGAAAAAAAGAUUGUUAAAUAAUUAUAAUUUUAAAUUAUUUUGUACGAUUAUAACCAUCAAAUGUUAACCAUUUUCUCCUCUUUUCUAAUUUUUUUGUACUGUCUAAAUUGUUCAUAUGGUUGUCGUUUUGCACUUUUAUGUUCUCGCUUCCUUGCUCUUAUUGUCGUCACCUUGCAUUUUUCUUGAUAUUACCUCCUAUUGUUUAAUCUUUGUACCAAACCACCUUAAACAAUGCUAAACGUAACAAUUACUAAAGGGAUUUCCAACGAUAGAAAUACUUUGGACGGUAAAAUCGAACAGAUUCCAGUCAUCUCAUACAAAGAAAAUAACGUAAUGCAGAUCGGAUUAAGCUCGAGAUUGGAAAAUAUUUGUCGUCAAACUGCUCCAGUAAUUAAAACUCUUGGCAACAUUCUUCAAAAUUUGAGAAUUUUAUCUGUAAAAUUCACAGACUUCUAAACCUUUCCACCUUAACUGUUGGAAUUAUCUGUCAUGGUUUUCAAGAGAAUUGCAUGUGAAAUUACAAUAUUGUAAUUCACUUGUACUUGCAAUCAUAUUAUGUUUUAUGCAAUGUUUUGUGCAUAUAAAGGUUUAAUUGUAUUGUAUAUUUUAUGUUAAAAACCACGUUAAUGUGCUCAAGUUCUCCUAAUGGAGUUCACUGAUGUUUUUUGAAUUGUUUGAUGUAUUUUACAUUUAAAAAACAAAGAAAACAAGAUUAUAGUCUGUAUGAAGAGAAAUUAAAAUAAAAUUGUUCAAA